AUUGGACAGGAAUCGACCAGUUAUUCCCUGCUGUCAUGGCUGUGGUUCUCCAUAGAGUUAUUGCUUCCAGCCGCCGUGGCUUUCCGCUGCUGGUUCGGAGCACAAGGGGUUGUUCCGGUAACGGAGUGCCCGUGGACGAUACUGUUAACGGGCUCAACGAUGAACAAAAACAGUUACGACAUACUCUGCACAGGUUCCUGCAGGACAAUUUGGCCCCCAAGGCCCAAGAGAUAGAUCAACAGAAUGACUUCAAGGACAUUAGGAAUUUCUGGAGAAAACUUGGAGACCUAGGACUUCUUGGCAUAACUGCUCCAGUGGAGUAUGGAGGGUCUGCGUUAGGUUACCUGGAGCAUGUUUUGGCGAUGGAAGAAAUAUCACGUGUAUCAGCUGCUGUUGGCCUGAGCUACGGAGCCCAUUCCAACCUUUGUAUAAACCAGUUAGUGCGGAACGCAAAUGAAACUCAGAAAGAAAAAUACUUACCCAAGCUUAUUAGUGGGGAACAUAUAGGUGCCCUAGCUAUGAGCGAGCCAAACUCUGGGUCCGACGUAGUGUCCAUGAGGCUGAAAGCAGACAAGAAAGGGGAUUAUUAUAUUCUGAAUGGCAACAAGUUCUGGAUCACCAAUGGCCCCGAUGCAGAUGUGCUGAUAGUCUAUGCUAAGACCAGCCCCUCAGCACAGCCAGCAUCUCGUGGCAUCACUGCCUUUAUCGUUGAAAAGGGAACUCCAGGGUUCAGUACCGCACAGAAGCUGGAUAAGCUGGGAAUGAGAGGAUCAAACACUUGUGAGCUUGUGUUUGAGGACUGCAAGAUUCCUGAAAAGAACAUUCUGGGACAUCUGAGUAAAGGGGUCUACGUGCUGAUGAGUGGCUUGGACCUUGAGAGGCUGGUGCUCAGUGGCGGUCCACUUGGCAUUAUGCAAGCUGUGCUAGAUCACGCAGUUCCAUACCUCCACACCAGAGAAGCUUUUGGGCAGAAAAUUGGUCAUUUUCAGCUAAUGCAGGGAAAGAUGGCUGACAUGUAUACCCGACUGACAGCAUCCCGUCAAUAUGUUUAUAAUGUGGCAAAGGCCUGUGACAAAGGACACUUCAAUGCCAAGGACUGUGCUGGCGUUAUCCUGUAUUCUGCAGAAAGUGCAACUCAGGUGGCUCUAGAUGGCAUUCAGUGUCUGGGGGGCAAUGGUUACAUCAAUGAUUAUCCAAUGGGCCGUUUUCUUCGCGAUGCUAAAUUGUAUGAGAUAGGAGCUGGUACAAGUGAGAUUCGAAGACUUGUUAUAGGCCGUGCCUUCAAUGCCCUAUACAAAUAAUCAAUUGGCAUAUUAAUGAAGCUCUCUGUUACCUGGGAAGAGACAGUCAAUAAACACUCCUUGGAUUUUUCUCACUCUCGCAAUAAGACAGAUCCCGCGCUUCCAAUCUGGUGACAAUUUAUUUGUAAUCUUUCUGCUUUAAGAGUUGCCAACAACUGCAACCACAUGCAAGGGAUUUUCACUAAUGAAUGAAAACUAACAUCACUACAACAAUGUUUCUCACUCAUUCAUGGUCCAUAGAGAAAAACCUUGCCCAUGACAUUUGUGUACGAAAUGGAUCGGUUUUGUUUCCGUAAAGUUGUCGUAUGCCUAGGGGAAUUUAUUGUGAGAGUUACAUAACACACAUUUUUCCACACUACAUGACACUGUUUUACUAUACCGGAAGGCAAGGACGCAGUCUAGUAUUGUCUGUCUAAUUUCGGUUAAGAAGGUUAAUAGUAAUGAAGAAAGCGACUUAUGUCUAAUUGUUAUUCGUUUAAUGAGAGACGCUACAGGAUGAUUUCUUGGACUCAGGGUGAAAAUAAUUAAACUUGUUUAACAACAA